AUGGCAACUACAAAGCCCAACGUAUUGGAAAACAUGUUUGCACUUCUUUGUAUUGCUGUGGUAUCGUUAUUCGGAUUUGUCGGCAAUGGUUUAUCACUUUAUAUCACAGCUACAAAUUCACAUUUUCAGAAUGCCUAUGGCACUCUCCGUACGACAUUUUUGUUGUGUAAUAUACAAACAAUAUCAGUUUUAUCGAUUUGGAGCGCUGUUGUUCUACUAACGGAUUCUCGUGAACUAUCAUCACCGACAUAUUUCAUAGCCUUAAUACCCGGAUGCUUGGCAAAUGUGUUUUUUUACGGAGCAAUAUUGGUAAAUUUGUUAAUUGCGGUGAAUAGAUACUGCGCAUUUGCAUAUCCUCUGAACUAUCACUUUUAUUGGACCGUACCGAAAGCUCGCUGUGCGGGAAUUAUUGUCUAUUUCUUCGGGUUUCUACCGUGUUUGCCUAGCAUUUUCGAACCAUGUACCCUUAUUUUUAAUGCGGAGUUGGAUUUCCGUUGGAGCUACAGCAACACGGGUUGCGGUGACAUAAAUUCGAUGUUCGACACAGUGUUCACUGUUUCAAUGAUGAUCAUAGCGGGAUGCAUCGAUUUCAUGACGUUUUUGAGGAUUAGAAGUCACAGUAAAUUAAGAAUAGUACAAAGACUGACGACGCGUUCUUCCAACCGUAAGAAUGACAUAUACUUUUUUAAACAGUCGUGUAUCAGUGGACUUACGAUGGUCACAGCUGCUCUUGUCUUUAAUAUUGGUCAACAAUUACUGACCAAUAAAUGGACUUUAUUUGCUGCCACGACAAUUAAUUGGGUAGUAACGCAUGCGUUGGAUGGGUGA